AUGGAUAAGGCGAAGGUCCUGUACUGCGAGAUGAAUGGAACCUGGAAACGAGCUGUUGUUUCGUCUCCUCACCUCCUUGAAAGUGACAUCCUGGGGGAGGCGCUUCUACCGGUAGGAGACGGAGAUGCCCCGACACUGCCCGAACCCGGUUCACGUAUGAACAGUCUUGUCCAUUCCCGAACCGAACCACCCGUACCGCUCCGUGCGAGACACCCGGCAGCUGGCCUCAUCUCGAAAGAUCCAGGAGGUGCCGCUGCCGCGCAUCGAAAGGAAUUGCCUGACUCGGACGUAAUCGAUGCCGUGUCUGAUCUGCUCCCUCCUUUAAAAACUGCCACCGGCGGGGCUCUCUUCAUCUUGGACGAGGUCAAGAUGUUCAGGGAGGCUUUUGGAACAUACAUCGUCAAAACAAUGGCUGACGUAGUCACGGCCGUUGACUCGUAUGAUGCGUCGAGCGAAGAGGGAAAGCCAUGGGUAGAAAGCGUUACAAUGCUAAGCGAGGCAUUGCAACGUAUCAAAACUAAAAUCAGUCAAUUGCUUCGCAAGAUGGGAAAGCGGCCCGCUGUCAUCAAUUUCAUCUCUCACAUGAACAAUCUGGGCAUGAUCAGUGACCUCAGGAAAUAUUGA